AUGGGUCUCGCACUGGAAAGAGGCGCCCUGUCACUGGCCAACAUCCUUCUCAUCAUUUCUCUGCUGGUGUUUGCCAAGGGAUUCUUCCCCCGGAAAGCAUUUCUACCUGGAUUGGCGAAGUGGCCCGAGCAGGCCGAGACCUCACCUAGGGCAGCCCCGUUUGAUCGUGUUGUCUUCAUGGUCGUCGAUGCCUUGAGAAGCGACUUUGUCUACGGCAAUGCAUCGAGUUUCACCUUUACUCAAAGUCUGAUUCGAUCGGGCGCCGCCGUGCCGUUUACCGGUCAUGCCAGCCCUCCGACCAUAACGAUGCCACGAGUUAAAGCGAUCACCACGGGUUCAGUGCCAAGUUUUGUCGAUCUCGUUCUCAAUUUUGCCGAGUCCGACACCACUUCUACGCUGAAGGACCAGGACUCAUGGCUGGCACAACUGAGAGAAAGAGGCGGCAAACUCGUCAUGUAUGGAGACGACACAUGGUUACGAUUGUUUCCUGAUUUCUUCCAUCGAGCCGACGGCACCACCAGUUUUUUCGUGUCGGAUUUUACCGAGGUCGACAAUAAUGUCACAAGACACAUUCCUGCUGAAUUGGAAAAGGACGAUUGGUCGGCCCUGACUCUCCAUUUCCUCGGACUCGAUCACAUAGGCCACAAGACCGGCCCCAAGGGACCUCAUAUGCCCGCCAAGCAAGCGGAGAUGGAUGAUAUUGUCAAGGAUAUCUACACGGCCAUGGAGAAAAGUGACCAUCUCAAGUCGUGCGUCCUGAUUUUGCUCGGGGACCACGGCAUGAAUGAAGGUGGAAAUCACGGAGCUUCAUCCCCCGGGGAAGUCUCCACCGCACUGACGUUCAUUUCACCAAAAUUCAAAUCGGCCUUUGAAGGCCAAGCCAGUCCCAUCAACACCGCCGUUGAUUAUCGAUAUUACGACACCGUCCAACAGUCAGACAUCGUCCCGACGCUCGCCGCAUUGCUCGGAUUCCCCAUCCCGCGAAACAACCUUGGAGUCAUCAUCCCCCGUUUGCUAGAACUCUGGGCCAUUCCACAGGAUCAAUACAACUUGCUGUACGAAAAUGCCGAACAAAUCCUCCAAAUUGCCCAAGCGACAUUUCCCUCCAGUUUCAGCAAGGACCCCGCGUCAUCUCAAGAAUGUUCAGUCGACUCACAAGAUGAUGCUGAAUCCCUUGCUUGCCUCGGGGUAAAAGUUUCCCAGGCACUUGAAGAAAAGCCCCCUUCCAUCACCUCCAUGGCCAAUUUGAGAUCAUUCCUCUACAAAUCCCAGACGCUUCUAAGUGGCACGGCCAGCAACUACGACAUGGCCAGCAUGCAAGCCGGCAUCGGACUGAGCGCCCUUGCCCUGAUGCUGUGUCUCCCCAGCGUCGUACAGGGUGUGGGGCAAGCAGGCCUCGACCACUUCAUCCUCGUCUUCAUCAUGCUCACGUACGCUAUCAUCAUGUUCGCCAGCAGCUACGUGGAGGAAGAGCAUGAGUUCUGGUACUGGGUGCUCGGUGGCUGGUUGAUGGUCCUGUACUGCAAGGACGGAAGAUACGAGACCACCACCAAGGGCAUCCUCGGUGGCCCCACCGGCACGGCACUGGCGUACCUUUUGCUCGGCCUGGUCCGUAGAUGGAGACAGACCGGCCAAAAAUACGCGGGUGGUCCAGAUCUACUCAGCGAACUCAUCAUGCCUAAUGCCUGGCUGCUCUGGGCCCUGAUCAUUUUCACAUACGCAGUAUUGUCGAGGAAUCUCAGCAGGAGAUUCGCCGUGUGGAUGGGCUCCAAGCAAAUGGGGCUGUUGCCGGUGUUAGUCUCGAUCGCUGCGUUUCUGUUCAAAAUCGCCUUCACUGCCGCGGACGCUCCAGAAUUACUUCUGUCCUUUCCCGUCUUGAACCCCAUGGUUUCAUUCGUCGGACGGUAUCCCCUGCUCAAUCUGGCUCGCGUCGUCUUUCUGGGCCUCGCACAUCUGCUCGCGUGCGCUAUUUUCUACGAGGCACCCUGGCGAAGUGCGCACCAUCUCCACUCCUUCCUCACCGCAUUUCAGGAUAUCCUCUCGAUCUUUCUCGUCACUCAAUCACGCACCGUUUAUAUUCCGCUGUACUUGUUCUUCAAUGGACAACUCUACCUAUUCCGACGCGCGAGACGGUACGCAGUCAGCGAGAUAACCAUACUCGCCCUCCUGUUUCAAUAUGCAUCGUUCUUUGCCAUUGGCGGCACCAAUUCAAUCGCCACCAUCGAUCUUUCCAACGCAUACAAUGGCGUCAGUGGAUACAACGUUGUCGCCGUGGGGAUCUUGACCUUCAUCAGUAACUGGGCCGCCCCGAUCUGGUGGUCAUUUGCUGUGUGCCAGCUCUUCAGCCCCCUCGGCCUGAAACGAAAUGACUCGUCUUCCUUCCUCACUACGGCCCUGGCAACAUUUGCAUGUAUCCAUACGCUAUCGGUCAUGGUUGCAUGCACGGUUCUGCGAGAACAUCUCUUCAUCUGGACCGUCUUCUCUCCCAAAUACCUCUACACGGCUGCCUGGGUCGUCGGUCAGCAUACCAUUGUAAAUGCACUAGGCAUUGGAAGCUUAUUAGCCAGCCCCAGGCGCAGGAGCUAG